UUUCCAAGCAUGCUUGGCUGCCUUUAUGCGAUUUUUAAGUGAGAGAUGGUGGUGAUCGUGUCCUUGGUUGGGAACAAGCGAGGGUUAAGGUCUGGGCAUGAGUAGGGGCUGAGAAAGGUAUGUAGGGAGUUUAAAGGGAAUUUGGAGGAACAAGAGGAGAAAGACAGCUGCAAAAUGAAAAAAAUCAGUGAUUAUCAAAAGGCUAAUAAUCAUUUGUAAUGAGAUUUUAAAGAAGCCAGAGCCGAUCUAGUAUGGUUUAUCAAGAUUUAAAAAAUAAUUAGAUCAGAAAUAUUUUUUGAGCUCGAAGGAUUAUAAGAUGAAAUUAGUAAUGUCUUAUUUGAGCUAUUAGCCAUUAUCUCAAGAAUUUUCGUACAGGAGAAUCUCUCACUAGUUCGGAUAUGUGCCACUUCAAACGAUCUCUUUUAUUUACUAUCUUUCUUAAGAACAAAAUUGUGAAGAUUGAAUCUCAUAUUCACACAAAUAA